GCAAGUGUGGAGUUAGCAAGCCUCUUCUCAGUUCUCAAAAGACAAUACCCAACCUCCGCCAACGAUCUCAAAACCUCUCAGAAAUCUCACUUCCCCAACCGAGCUCUCCAAUCCAAAAGGAUGCUGAAAUCUACAUUCAAAAGCUUCAAAAACCCAAUCCAAAUCAUCCCAAGAUUCCUACAAUCAAAAAAUCUCAGCACCCAAUUCGAUAAAAUCCCCAAAGAAGCAGCGGAUUGCGUUGUGAUCGGAGCUGGAAUAGUCGGGAUCUCAAUCGCAAGAGCUCUGGCAUUGCAGGGAAGAGACGUUCUGGUCAUCGAAUCCGCAUCCACUUUCGGCACCGGAACCAGUUCUCGAAACAGCGAAGUCGUUCACGCCGGAAUCUAUUACCCGCCAAAAUCUCUGAAGGCCGUGCUCUGUGUCCGAGGAAGGGAACUACUUUACAAGUAUUGUUCAGAUCGUGGGGUCCCGCAUGAACAGAUUGGCAAGCUCAUAGUUGCUACAAGGUCCACGGAGAUUCCUAAAUUGAGGAAUCUGCUGGAGCGUGGGACUGAAAAUGGGGUCCAGGGUCUGAGGAUGAUGGACGGUUUUGAUGCAAUGCGAAUGGAACCAGAACUACAAUGUGUUAAAGCUCUGUUGUCUCCUUGCUCUGGGAUAGUCGAUACUCACUCCCUCAUGCUCUCUUUGAUUGGGGAAGCCGAGAACCGUAGAACAACCUUCUCCUACAACACUACCGUUAUUGGUGGCCUCAUCGAAGAAGAUCAUAUUUAUCUCCAUGUUUCUGAAAGUAAGGACCUUGAAAAGUGUGAUGAGAAGUCCCCUUUGCAGCCACAGCUUAUAUUGAUUCCCAAUCUUGUAAUCAACUCCACGGGUUUGGGCGCGAUGUCCCUCGCAAGAAGAUUGCGAGGCCUACCUCAUGCAGUUAUUCCAUCUUCUUACUAUGCUCGUGGUUGCUACUUCACCUUAUCUAAAACUAGGAUUCCUCCUUUCAGACACUUGAUUUAUCCGAUUCCGGAGGACGGUGGUCUUGGAGUGCACGUUACACUUGAUUUGGAUGGUCAGGUCAAGUUCGGGCCAGAUGUCGAAUGGAUCGAUGGUGUGGAUGAUGUAUCGGCAUUCUUGAACAGGUUUGAUUAUUCCGUUAACACAAAUCGGGCAGAGAGGUUCUAUCCGGAGAUAAGAAAGUACUAUCCUAAUCUGAAAGAUGGAUCUCUAGAGCCAGGAUAUGCAGGGAUUAGGCCAAAGCUUUCUGGUCCAGGACAGCCUCCGGCCGAUUUUGUUAUUCAGGGGGAGGACAUUCAUGGCAUGCCAGGGCUGGUGAGCUUGUUUGGGAUAGAGUCGCCGGGCCUAACUUCCAGCAUGGCGAUCGCAGAAUACAUCGUAUCGAAUUUCUUGAGAUGAUUUUUCUCCACCUUGGAAUGAUUCCAUCUUUGCAGAUGGUGAAUGCGCAACUCAUCAAAGCUUUCAAGUUCAA